UGGAAUGUCAAUCAGCUGAUUGUCACAAGUUUGUUGUUGUUUUAUUGUUUGCAAACAAAAAUUGGCUUCUUCAUUAAAAUCCAAGAUUAAAAUUAUAAAUAGCUUUAAAAUAUGACUGAAAGCGAAGAUUGGUGCAUCAGUUGCUCUGAUGACGAGUUGAAAAAUACCACAGACCCUUGGGAGCCCGAACCGGAAGCCAUUGAUAGAAUCUACAGUUUACUAGUGAAAGGCGAACUCCCGGAGAUAAAGUGGAAAUGCCCUGGCUAUAGAUCUCCCUCUCCUGAACUAAAUAAUGAACAGCCAAAGGAGGAAAAUGAAGAAAAAAAGGAAGAACAAGAUGAUUUUGACUUUAUGGAUGAAAUGACCUCACCUAGGCUUAAAAUAAGACACAAAGGAGCGGAGACUCUUAAAGGCAGUGCAAAGAAAAAAACUACAUCUCUCGAUGGAGUUAUAAACAAUAUGAGAAGGCAUCAUUUGCUACCUGCUACCACUAAGUGAAGCUUUACCUCAAGUUUUUCUUGGGUUAAUAUGAAAAAAUUGAUUAAAAUUAUUAAGGAAUAAAGUACAGUAUUUUAAAUUUUA